CCCAAAAAAUUAUCAAAAUUUUCCCGGAAUCCAAACACCAAACUCUCUAGGGGUUCAGAAUCGCCGAAAUGGCAGUGCUCAAUUGGAAGCACCACACUCUCAUUCAAGCUCUAAUGUCACGCGGGCCACUCACGGAAGACGAAUUAUUCAACAUCUUCGCUGACGUCACCGGCAAAAACCCGAGAGGUAACAAUAGAGAAUUCAAUGAUUAUUUACUGAAGAUAAACAAGGAAUUGUCGUGUGUUCAAAUGGAGAUGAGGUGUUGUAGAAACCAAAAUGAUGGUGGAGUGUGUUACGGACUUGUCAAUACUGUUCCUGAUGAGCAAUCGAAGCUCGGAACGAAGUAUUCUGUCCCACAGAUUGCUUUAUUUAAAGGCGUUAUAGAAGCGAUAGUGCAGUAUGUCACUGCCCAAGGAAGCAUAUCCAACAUUGAUGCUCUCAAUAUACGACUAGAGAAUCAGGUCCAGAACGGGACAGGGUCAGAAUAUCAGGAAGGUCCAUCUCAGAUCCCUCCUGCUUUAAGGAACUUCUCCAUGUCCCAAAAGGAAAAAACACUUGAUGAACUUGUUCGAGACAACUGGCUUUGCCACACACCAGAUGGUGCCAUUGGACUUGGUGCUAGAUCCUACCUUGAUUUGCGAAGUUGGUUCAAUAGUUCUGGUAUACCUUCAUGUGAGGUGUGCAAUGAAGCUGGAGUAAAGGGAAAAGUGUGUCAAAAUGAAGGAUGUACAGCUCGAAUUCAUCAUCACUGCCUGGAGAAGAAAAUUUCGCAUAGCAGGGGUGAAAUAGUCUGUCCAAGCUGUGGCAUUCAAUGGCAUCGCGGAGUGGCCAAAACUGAGGUCAUAGAGGAAGAGCGUGACCUAAAUGGGCAUAUUCAAAGCCAGCUGCCAGCAGGAUCCAAAAGGAAGAGGCUGAGAGCCGACACAAAUAUCCCAGCAGCAGCUUUUGGAUGUGUUUCCUCUCAGGGUUCCCAGUCCGGUUCUAGUAGAAGGAUUACCCGGGCUUCCGCCCGAUUAAGUUAAAAUUUGUCGAUAUCUAUCCUGAUCAGAAGAUCAACUGAAAAAUAGCUGUAUAUUUUGCAAAAGGAAUUGCAUUUCUUUCUUGGCUAUUCUUUCAUGGAACAAUGGCUGUUAAUAUUAAUUUAACUUUUAUUGUACAACUCGAUUUUUAAGAAUUGGAAUGUAAGAUUCCAAG